AUGAGGGAGAUGUUCAACUCCUCAAACCAGGCUGCUUGGGGAGAGCGAAUAAAGAAGGAGAUGGUUGCUCGGGCCACCUGGAAUAUCCGCUAUGGUCACAAGUACCUGAAAGAGGGGUCCAGAACCAGGAAGCAGGCCUGGCAGGCACCCUGUGGGUCAGUCUUGAAAGCAGGCCCAGUGCCUGCCACUGACUCCCCUGUCAGAAAAGAGGUACAGGUGAGAUGGCCAGAGACCAAGGGGGUCCAAGACCAGCUGUUCAAAACAGGAGGUGUCCAGGGAGACAGAGUGAGGCAGCCCAGGGGAUUUCCUCGAUACUCAGCAGCCCAAGGCAGGCCAGAGGACUUGGAAAUGAGGCACCCCACCCAGGCCACCCUGAAGCUGCUCUUCCAAGGCAUCUCCCAUGAUGGCCAGGGCCGGACCCUGUACCUCAAGGAGCAGAAUCGCCUGAUACCAGAGAAGAAGUACAAGUACCCAAUGGUGUCUUCCUGGGAGUAUGGCUGGCAUGUGGGGGAUGUCAUGAAAAACUACAGUACUCCAGCUCAUGCCAGAAGUCAAUCCAUCGCCAAGUCGUUUUACAUCAAAAGUAGCGUUUUCCAUGUUCCGCGGCAGACAGAUGACCUCAUGUGAACUUGGCCUGGGAAAGGCCUCGGUGGCUCCUUUGCCCUAACUGGACCAGCCAGGUGGGUGAUGC